GUAACAAAACAAAAUAAAAUGGCUGCUACAAGCUAUGAAGACAUCGUCGUUACUGGUCUAAAUAUCUUCCCCAUCAAAGCCUGCAAAGGCUGCAAGCUUGAUAGCAUAACUCUUGACAAGUACGGCGUAAUAGGAGAUAGGAGAAUGAUGCUGGUAGAUGCCAACUCUCGCUUCAUCACGCAAAGAAGAUACCCCCAACUAGCGACCAUUAGUCCACAGUGGAUCAACCCUGAGACAAUAAUGGUGACCGCUCCUGGUAUGAGCCAAAGCUUGACGCAUCAGAUAAUAAAAGAUGGUCCACUAACAGAAACCACAGUCUGGAACGAUACAGUAUUAACAGUUGAUCAAGGAGAUAUAGCAUCGGAAUGGUUUAGUACAGCACUGGGGCUACAAUACAUAAGAUUGGUCUAUAGUCCAGUGGGAGAAAGGCCAGAAUAUACUAGACCAUUAUCUAUGUACUAUCCACAAUCCUUAAGAGAGAAGCUACCACUACAGGAAGUGGAUUUAGCAGAUGCUGCUCCGGUUACUAUAGUCUCUAACGAGUCCCUGGUUGAUCUUAAUGCAAGAAUGGCUGCCCAUACUGGCGGUCAUACUGUGACUCUGGAUCGGUUUCGAAUGAAUAUUGAACUCACUGGAGCCUCCCGUCCUUAUCAAGAGGACGAGUGGCUACUGAUUACUGUUGGAGAGGCCCCAAUAUUACUAUAUUCUGAAAACCAUAGGUGUAAGGUACCCAGUGUCAAUCAAGAGACUGGCGUACCUGAUAAAGUUGGUCCUCUUGAUAUCCUGAGACAGUACAGGGCACCAGGAGGUCCUGACAAAGCUCUUUUUGGAAUGUUUGGGCUUGUCCUUCAAGCAGGAAGGACUGUUAAUCUCGGAGACAAAAUAAAUGUACUAGAAUUAAGAAAAUGAUUUUUGCAAGAGAAUGUGAAUCUCGUUUUGUAAUUAUUAAUCAUUGCCACCUUCAAUUCUUUUCUACUUUUAAUUACUGUUAUUAAUAAUAAUUAUUUAUUACUGUAA